AUGCAUGAAUCUAAUCAAACCAGCCACCUCACAUCUGUAACACCUAAUAACAGCACAGAAAUGGAAAUUGAUGAGCAAAACACACGAGCCUCUGUUUCUUCACAAAUUGAGUCAGCUCCAGCCACAGUCAUUGGAUCCUGGGCAGAUGAA